CGCCAACCCGGAACGAGCGCACUGAAUCUUGGGAACUACGUCAUACAAAGCAAGCAAGCGAGGAAGAAGACGCCAUUUUAGGGACAGAAAUUCGCAGGAAAGAAACAUGGGUAGUCGUGUGUACAUUGGACGAUUGCCCUACCACGCCAGAGAAAAAGAUGUCGAGAGAUUCUUCAGAGGCUAUGGGAGGAUCAGAGAAAUCAACCUGAAGAAUGGUUUUGGCUUUGUGGAGUUUGAUGACCCACGGGAUGCGGAUGAUGCUGUGUAUGAACUGAAUGGCAAGGAGCUGUGUGGGGAGAGGGUUAUUGUUGAGAAUGCCCGUGGUCCCGCCAGGGGGUGGGAGGGCGGGUUUUCGGUGGGGGGAGGCUAUGGCUAUCGGCCUGGCUGGCUAGACAACGGCCGUGGCAGUGGAGGUGGCCGGGGGUCGGAUAGCAGGAACAGAUACGGGCCGCCUGUCCGCACAGACUACCGUCUGAUUGUGGAGAACUUGUCCAGUCGCUGUAGCUGGCAGGACUUGAAGGACUACAUGCGGCAAGCUGGAGAGGUCACCUAUGCUGAUGCGCACAAGCAGAACAAAAAUGAGGGGAUUGUGGAAUUUGCCACCUACCGUGACAUGGAGAAUGCCCUGAGAAAGCUUGACGGGACUGAAAUCAAUGGUCGUAAGAUCAAACUGGUGGAGGACAGGCCAUCAAGAAGGCGCAGGUCUUAUUCUCGCUCUCGUUCUCGGUCCAGGAGCCGAAGCCGCAGUCGCUCGCGCUCCCGGUCCCGCAGCCGCUCGCCGCGCAGCCGCAGCCGGUCCCGCAGCAGGUCCCGCUCCCGGUCCCGCAGCCGCUCGCACUCCCGCAGCAAGAGCAGGGACAAGUCCGCCAGCCGCUCCCCUGCCAAGGACACCCAGGUCAAGCAGUCCAAGUCCAAGUCACGGUCCAAGUCGCGGUCUAAGUCUCGCGAACGCAGCGGAGAGGAGGACAACAAGGACGAGUAGUAGACAGGAUUAAGGCAGAAGUGUGCAUCAGGCACCUUCAAUCUACUGAUGACCGAGUCAUUCCAGAUGUUAAAAUGAAGUAAAUCAUUUGCCCCACAGUAUAUAGGCAGUUCUUUGCAUGCCACUUUCUCCUUUACUAAGUUUUUAAUGGCAUGUACAUUGGGUGCAAAUCAGGAUUAUUGUAUGGGGAUACAGACUGUAGAUUUUUUCAGGGGGGUAUGUUCAAACACCAAUGCAACACUCUUAGUCCUUCACUUACCAAGUCAGUUAAAUGGGAAUUGUCUUAAUAUGAACAUACUGUAUAACUAGAAAGGGCCAGGUAACAUCUAUCAAAUACUGGAUGUGGAGAAGAAUUGCACAUGAUCUCGAGUGUAAGGAAAGGAAAUUCGGUUGUGCAAGGUAGUCUUGUUGGAUCGUUUGAUGUGUGUUCAUUUGUGAAUCAUUUUUGUUAAGUCAUUUUUUGGAGGAUGGGUAGGGUAGCCUUGAGACUUUUUGUGUACAGCUUGGUUGCCAACAAGAUGGUGACCUUACACUUGACGUGUUAUGUACAUUUCUCAGUGCAUUAAAAGCCUUUUAAUAAUGUA